GAGAGUGAGGGGACGAUGAGCCUGUCAAUGGGCGCGUGCCCCCACGCGUGGCAGCACCACCUACCUCACCGCGGCCGCAUGUGGGCCGCCUCCCCGGCCUUCCGCAGGCAGCUCUUCCUGCUCCGCUCUCUCGCGCCCACCUGCGUAGACGGCGGCCGCGUCUCCUCGAGCUCUCUUCGGCUCCACGCGAUGUCCGCGGCACCGGCGGCGGCCGGGCCGGUGUACGAGGCGGACGCGGAGGCGGUGGUCCGGCGAAUCACGCCGCCGCUCGACCGCGCAAGGCACAAGGGUCAGGCAGGGAAGAUUGCAAUAAUUGGUGGAUGUCGCGAGUACACUGGUGCUCCUUAUUUUGCUGCUAUCUCUGCGUUGAAAGUUGGUGCAGAUCUCUCACAUGUUUUCUGCACAAAAGAUGCUGCAACAGUAAUCAAGAGCUAUAGCCCUGAGCUGAUUGUGCAUCCAAUAUUAGAGGAGUCCUACAGUGUAAGGGAUGAUGAAAGAGAAUCUGUUUCUUCUAGCAUUCUCACUGAAGUUAUAAAGUGGAUGGAGCGCUUUGAUUGCAUUGUUGUUGGCCCCGGCCUUGGAAGGGACUCAUUUCUUAUGGAUUGUGUCAGUAAUAUCAUGAGGCAUGCACGACAGGCUAAUAUCCCAACUGUUGUUGAUGGGGAUGGCCUUUUCCUUAUAACCAAUAACAUUGGUCUUGUUGAAGAUAACUCUCUUGCCAUCUUAACACCAAAUGUAUACGAGUACAAGCGUCUUGUCCAGAAGGUUCUUAACUGUGAAGUAAACGAGGAAAAUGCUUCUGAGCAACUGACUGCACUUUGCGAAAAAAUUGGUGGCGUAACCAUCAUGAGGAAAGGAAAAGCAGAUCUGAUUAGUGAUGGUAAAAAAGUCACACAAGUGAGUACCUUUGGUUCUCCAAGGCGAUGUGGUGGUCAAGGCGACAUUCUCUCUGGAAGCGUGGCAGUAUUUUCAUCAUGGGCAUGGCACUUUCUCUCGUCAAAUGAGCAACCUAAAGAGAAUAGUGUGAAUCCUAUGGUUCUUGGCUGCAUAGCCGGGUCUCUGUUGCUCAGAAAAGCUGCGGCGCUUGCAUUCGAGAAGAACAAGAGAUCGACCGUCACUACUGACAUCAUUGAGUUCUUGGGCCAAAGCUUGGAAGAUAUCUGCCCUGCUGGGCGGUAGUUUAUUGUGGGUUUCUUACCAUAAUACUGGAACUGCGCCUCCGCACUCUACAAUAAUACCGAUCCUGUUAUCAGGAUGUAUCAUCACCGUGUUUAUGUACAUAUAUCUCUAGUAAAAGAAGGGGAUGCUACAAUGCUUGGAUAAUAUGCUGUGUUGUGUGUCGCUGCUGUCCAGAAAUCCUCAGGGAAUUGAAAUAUAGUAGAAGCGGUUGCGGCAGGCGCACCGCUUUUCCGUUC